AUACCCAACCUGACAUAUAGGGUAUACCGCACAAAGGUGAGACAACGUAGGAUCGUUGCAGCGACCCUUGCUCGAGGGUUGUUUUCUUCGUUCUUCCCCUGGGCCUAUCUCUUUCCCACUCUACCCAACUACCCAUCCCGCUUCUUCUCACUCGGCCAGCUGAGCCCGAUGUUUGCCUCAGCGAUCUUGGACAGAAGGUGAGCUCAGUUAGGUUUUGACAGCGGAACGCGUAGGUACAGCGAAACGGGUUGCAACGGGAAAGUGGGUUUAGUGUAGAACAGAACAGACCCCUAAGUACAGAACAAAAAAAUUAUAAAACGAACUACAGACGAUUUGUUAAACAGUUUACCUUAAAAGAAAAGAAACCAAAACCGAAAGUUAAAGUUGUGUUUAUGUUUGAUCGUUGAGUUAUUGUUAUUUCGAAAGUUAAACGAGCGUUAUUUAUGAGACACUGAGACCGAAAUCCAAAGAAACCAAGUUAAACGGAAAAUCCAGAAAACACAAGUUCGAAAAUGUCUUUCUCCAAGGCCAAGUUGAAGCGUUUCAAUGACGUUGAUGUGGCCAUCUGUGGAUCGCCAGCUGCCUCCAACAGCUCGGCGGGAUCGGCGGGCAGUGCCACGCCCACAGCCACGACAGCGACAGCCGCUGCUCCGCCCACCGUUCAGCCGGAACGCAAGGAGCAGAUCGAGAAGUUCUUCAAAGACGCAGUGAGAUUUGCCUCCAGCUCGAAGGAGGCCAAGGAGUUUGCCAUUCCCAAGGAGGACAAGAAGUCCAAGGGAUUGCGCCUGUUCCGUACUCCCUCGUUGCCGCAGCGCCUGCGUUUCCGUCCGGCUCCCAGUCACACGGAUGCGGCGGCCAACGGAAGCGCAAGUGGUGCCUCCACGGCUGCUUCUACUCCCCUUCAUUCGGCAGCCACCACUCCCGUGAAGGAGGCCAAGUCCGCCAGUCGGCUGAAGGGCAAGGAGGCACUGCAGUACGAGAUUAGGCACAAAAACGAGCUCAUCGAGAGCCAGCUGAGCCAACUAGACGUACUGCGUCGCCAUGUAGAGCAGCUGAAGGAGGCCGAGGCCAAGUUGCGCGAGGAGCACGAGCUGGCCACCGCCAAGACGGAUCAGUUGAUCGAGGCUCUGACCAGUGAGAAUCUGUCGUACAAGACCCUAAACGAGCAGCUGGGUCAGGAGCACGCUGAUCUCCUGGAGCGUUUGGCUGCCAUGGAGCAGCAGUUGCAGCAGCAGCGCGAGGAGCAUGAAAGCCAGGUGGAGACGCUCGUUGCCGAAAGCGAGGCACUGCGUCUGGCCAACGAGCUGCUGCAGGCGGCCAACGAGGAACGCCAGGUGGUGGAGCAGCAGCUGCAGGCCCAACUGGCUGCCCUACAGGCGGACGUGGCCCAGGCCCGUGAGCACUGCAGCCUGGAGCAGGCCAAGACGGCGGAGAAUAUCGAGUUGGUGGAGAAUCUCCAAAAGACCAAUGCCUCCCUGCUGGCCGAUGUGGUCCAGCUGAAGCAGCAGAUCGAGCAGGAUGCCUUGUCCUAUGGCCAGGAGGCCAAGAGUUGCCAGGCGGAGCUGGAGUGCCUGAAGGUGGAGCGUAAUACACUGAAGAACGACCUGGCCAACAAGUGCACCCUCAUCCGCUCCCUGCAAGAUGAACUCCUCGACAAGAACUGCGAGAUCGAUGCCCACUGCGACACCAUCCGGCAGUUGUGCCGGGAGCAGGCCAGGCACACGGAGCAGCAGCAGGCGGUGGCCAAGGUGCAGCAGCAGGUGGAGAGCGAUCUGGAGGGCGCCGUGGAGCGUGAGAAGAGCUACUGGCGCGCCGAGCUGGACAAGCGCCAGAAGCUGGCCGAGAACGAGCUGAUCAAGAUCGAGCUGGAGAAGCAGGAUGUGAUGGUGCUGCUGGAGACCACCAAUGAUAUGCUGCGCAUGCGCGAUGAGAAGCUGCAGAAGUGCGAGGAGCAGUUGCGCAACGGCAUCGACUACUACAUCCAGUUGAGUGAUGCACUGCAGCAGCAGUUGGUGCAGCUGAAGCAGGACAUGGCCAAGACGAUCACCGAGAAGUACAACUACCAGUUGACUUUGACCAACACUAGGGCCACCGUGAACAUCCUGAUGGAGCGUCUCAAGAAAUCCGAUGCCGAUGUGGAGCAAUAUCGCGCCGAACUGGAAUCUGUGCAGCUGGCCAAAGGAGCCUUGGAGCAGAGCUACCUGACCCUACAGGCGGAUGCGGAGCAACUGCGCCAGCAGUUGACCGAGAGCCAGGAGGCACUCAGCUCCCUGAGAUCCUCCUCCCAGACGCUGCAGAGCGAGGUAUCGUUGAAGGAGUCCCUGCUCCACGAACUGCUCGCCGGCGAGGCGGAGACAUUGGCUAAAUUCAAUCAGAUUGCAAACUCGUUCCAGGAGCGCAUCGAUGGCGACGCCCAGCUGGCCCACUACCACGAGCUGCGGCGCAAGGACGAGACGCGCGAGGCCUACAUGGUGGACAUGAAGAAGGCCCUGGAUGAGUUCGCCACCGUGCUGCAGUUCGCCCAGUUGGAGCUGGACAACAAGGAGCAGAUGCUGGUGAAGGUGCGCGAGGAGUGUGAGCAGCUGAAGCUGGAGAACAUUGCCCUCAAGUCCAAGCAACCGGCCGCCUCCCUGCUGGGCACCCCUGGCAAGGCCAACCGAUCGAACACCACCGAUCUGGAGAAGAUCGAGGAUCUGCUGUGCGAUCCGGAGCUGCGUUCCGACUGCGACAAGAUCACCUCGUGGCUGCUCAACUCCUCGGAGAAGUGUGUGCGCCAGGACAGCACCAGCGAGAUCAGCGAGCUCCUGUCCGCCGGCAAGUGCUCCCCGCGUCCCGCCCCCCGAACUCCCAAGGCGGCGACGCCGCACAGUCCGCGCACACCCCGCACCCCACGAACCCCCCGUUCGGCUGCCAGUACGCCCAAGAAGACCGUCCUGUUCGCCGGCAAGGAGAACGUGCCCAGUCCGCCCCAGAAGCAGGUGCUCAAGGCACGCAACAUCUAGGCUAUUUCUUUGUACCAACUACCUUAUCGUACUAUUAUAAAUUAUAUACCUUAGCUAAGAUUCUGAUUUGAAAUAUAUUCAAUACACGUUGCAUACAACAUAACAAG